AUGAAGAAGACCAACAAGGUAGACAAAGGCGGCACUGGUGGAAAGUCUGAAAUUAAGAAAGAGAAAGCUAAGAGUUGGAUCCCCAAGAUUGUCAAAAAACGAGUGUGCACCACAUUUAUUGAAGACUCAUCAAGUAACGGAGUGCUGUGUCAGUGCGGUCAUGUCCGGAACGUCCAUAAUUUCUUUGAUGCAACGGACUCCAGUGGGGCUCCGGUUGUCACCCAGUGGGACAGUAAGCAACACACCACCGAGUCUAGCACUGAUGCUUUUGGUGAACUGGAGUUUGCUGGCGCUGGUCGCAGACACAGCUACUUUCUGCGGCUAUCAUGUGACACACCACCUCAUACCAUCUACACUCUGAUGACAACACACUGGGGUAUGCCCUCACCCAACCUGGUUGUUUCAGUGGUGGGGGGCGAAGGCUGUGACAAGAUUCAAUCAUGGGUGAGAGAUGUGCUGAGACACGGCCUGGUUAAGGCUGCACAGAGCACAGGGGCCUGGAUCUUGACAGGGGGUCUUCGGGAAGGCGUAUCCCGCUGUAUAGGAGAGGCGGUGAGGGACCAUGAUGCUGCAGCCCCUGCUCUCUCCAAAAAGAAAGUAAUAGAUGUGGGAGUCGCACCUUGGGGCAUUGUGCACAACAGGCAGCAGCUUGUAAAUGCUCAGGGAAGCUUCCCCGCUUGCUACUAUGUUCAGAAUACAACACGUGACACCUGCUGCCUUGACAACAAUUGCCAGGCAUUCCUGCUUGUGGAUGAUGGGAGCACUGGCCGAAAAGGAGGAGAAACAGCCUUCCGUGCCAAUUUGGAGGACUAUAUUUCUCACCAGCGUACUGGUAUAUGGGGUAGUGGCAAUAUUGAAAUCCCAGUGCUGUGUAUGCUCAUCUCAGGAGAUGCCAACAUGCUAGAGAGAGUAGAUUCGUCGCUAAGAAGAUCUACACCCUGGCUUGUUCUAGCUGGUACUGGCCCAGCUGCAGACUUUAUCAGUGAACUCCUGUUGAGUUCUGGUGGCCUAUUCUUCUGCCCAACUGCCCAAUCAUCGGAAGACGAGUCUGAGGAGUGUUUAUCAGAUAUCCGCGAUAUGAUCCGUGACAAGAUAAGAAGAUACUUCCAAGGCGAAGCCGACCUGGAAAAACUCGUGGAAAGUGCUGUGAGUAUUUAUCAAAACAGAGAGCUCAUCACAGUUUUCCAUGAGGAGCAAGAAGGACCAUAUGAUUUUGACACUGUAGUCCUAAAAGCCCUCGUUAGAGCUAGUAAACGUCUGUCGAGAGAUGCCAGCGAGUACACUGAAGAGUUGAAACUGGCUGUAGCCUGGGACAGAGUCGACAUCGCCAGAGCGGAACUCUUCACUGGAGACAUACAAUGGACGUAUGAUGACCUGGAUGGCUCCAUGACAGAUGCUUUGAUCAAUGACAAGCCUCAGUUUGUGCGCCUCUUCUGCGAGAACGGUCUAAACAUCCUGGACUAUCUUACUUACCAGCGCUUGGAAGACUUGUAUCGCUCAAUCUCUGACAGCACUGUGGUUUACACUCUGCUCCAGAGGCAUCUGAGUGACCGACUAAGCCUGUUUGGAUCCUUGUCUAGUCUGAAUAGAGUCAAGAUGGGACCACUAACUCAGAAUGAAAUGCUUGGGUCUACUUCAGCACAACAGCUUAGCCUGUUUGAGGUAUCACGUGUGCUGUCAGACUUGCUGGGAGAUGUUUGUCAGCCUUUCUACUAUGGACCCCUCGGUCUGGAUCCCAGUCUAGGCCCUCGGAAGACCAUCAGACAAGUUAGCAACUUGUUGCAGGGCAAAUGUGCAUACCGGGACCAACACUGCCUGUCUCCUUGGGCAGCCCUCUUCAUCUGGGCUGUGCUGCAGAACCGUAGUGAGAUGGCGGUUUAUUUCUGGGAGAUGGCGGGGGAGUCGGUGCUGAGUGCGUUAGGUGGCUGUAAACUACUGAGGGAGCUUUCUAAACUUGAAAGUGAGACUGAGAUUAAAGUGGCCAUGACAGAUCUGGCACAGAAGUUUGAGGAUCUUGCACACGAUGUUUUUGGAGAAUGCUUCCAGAGCAGUGAGAGGCGUUCAUUCAAACUUCUGAUAAGAGUGAGCCCAGUGUGGCUUGGAAGUACCUGUCUGCAAAUGGCAACUGCUGCAGAUGCUCUCCAAUUCUUCAGCCAUGAUGGAGUUCAGGCAUUGCUCUCCCAGAUCUGGUGGGGCAGCAUGGAUAGAGACACUAGGGUCUGGAAAUUGGUGACAUCUUUCUUCAUGCCCCCCCUCAUCUACACAGAUUUAAUCAACUUCAGGAAGGUUAAGGAGGUAGUGAUUACUCCUGCAGAGGUCCUUAAGAUGGAGACUAACAAAAUGGAAGAAAAUGACGCUGCGGUCUUCUCCCUGGAAGACAUUAUACAAAAGGAUGGGGAUUCAGAUGAAUUCAAGCCUCUCAAAGAAAAUCUGAAAGCUUCGUCUCCGUCCAAGAUUAAGAGACCAUUCAUUGUGUCACGGUGGACACAGUUCUGGUUUGCCCCUGUCACCUCCUUCCUGGGCAACAUAUUGAUGUACUUCCUGUUCCUCUGCUUGUUUGCCUAUGUCCUGUUAGUGGAUUUUGACUCCCCAUCACAGGGUGCCCCAUCCGCGCCGGAAUUUGUGCUCUACUUUUGGGUUUUCACCUUAGUUUGUGAAGAGAUUCGACAGGCCUUUACCGGCACCAACUUGGUGCUCCAGGGAAUGAGGAGUUACAUCCAGGAUUCUUGGAAUAAGUGUGACCUCAUAGCCAUCUUACUCUUCAUUUGUGCUAUGUGUUGCAGAAUGUUUCCAUGGUCAUUCGAGUUUGGUCGAACUCUGAUGGCCUUAGAUUAUAUUGUCUUCUCGCUGCGCCUGAUACAUAUAUUUGCUGUCCACAAACAGCUCGGGCCCAAGAUUAUCAUUGUGAGAAAAAUGAUGAAAGACAUUUUCUUCUUCCUCUUUCUCCUGGCCGUGUGGCUCAUGGCCUAUGGAGUAGCCAACCAGGCGCUCCUCUUCUCAUAUGAUCCCCGACCUGAUUGGAUAUUUCGCCGGGUCAUUUACAAACCUUACAUGCAUAUUUAUGGACUUCUUCCUGUAGAAGAAGUGGAUGCUGAAUUAUUUCAACAAACCAACUGUACCAACAACAGGACACUAAUCCAAGCAGGGGCAGAGCCCUGCAUGAACACCUACGCCAACUGGCUGGUUAUCCUUCUUCAGACUGUCUAUCUGUUGAUUACCAACAUACUGCUAAUCAAUCUCCUCAUCGCCAUGUUCAGUUACACUUUCAACGAAGUUCAGGAUCGCAGUGACACCUACUGGAAAUUUCAGCGAUACAGUCUGAUCGUGGAAUACCAUUCGAGGCCCUGCCUUGCUCCACCUUUUAUCAUCAUUUCACAUCUUAAUGUUUUUAUUAAGAGAUUCAUUCGCCGCAUCCCUUCGGAAAAGAGGAAACACUUUGUUUUGGAGUUACAAGGCAUUAAAGCCAGCCGACUUAACAUGUGGGAGGCUAUCCAGAAGGAGAACAUACUCUCUGAUCAGAAUAAGCAGCAAAGAGAGAGUGACACAGAGCGACUUAAACGUACAUCUGUAAAAAUGGACAGUGUGCUGAAGCACAUUGCAGAGAGCCGUGACCAUGACAGGCGUUUGCAGCUCCUGGAGACAGAGAUGGAGUUUUGUUGCAACGCCCUCUCCUGGAUGAUGGACGCCAUGUCUCAAAGUAAUGUAAUUACAACCAACCGCGCUCCUCCACUCCUAAGAGAUAUAUCAAUUGUUACC